AUGCAGACUAAUCAGCCACCCGAAAUGCCACCCAACCCGGAGCAUGGAUUCCGCACCCUAAGAAGCAUCGCAAAGAUAAUGAAGAGCCUAGAAAGUCGAGAUGUCCUCAACUUUCUAUCCCCCUCUCUUUGCGAGGCAAACAACAUAGUUCUGCUGCCCUUGGACCUCGAAGCUGAGCACCAUUAUAAGGGUAAUUCAUCAACCACGCCCCUCCUCUUCGAUCCUCUCCCCAUCGAAGCCUUGUACGCCUUUCCUAUCGACCCGCACCCCUACGCCUCAAUAGACAAGCGUGAAGGCUCCUGCUUUUCGAUUCACGACUACGACACCAUCAAGGACGAUCCGUGCAAGUCCUAUCCGCCUUUCCGUUUGAGAGAACUAGCCAUCAAGCUAGAGAGAUGGAUCCAUCUCGCUCCACGAACUCAUCGCUACAGCGCCCUCGCCUGUACUAUGACGCAUAUUGGACCCUGGUAUCCAUCCAAUACAAUCGACAAAUUAUACGGCCGGAUAUCGAACAUUUACGACAAGCUCGGAGACUAUCUGUAUACCGUGAAUCGAAUUUACGAAUGUAUAGAUGAUGGGUACCCAUAUAUUGUCAUGAUCACUCAGCAUUGGUGCAAAGAAGCAUGUCCCGAGGACUCUAUGAUGCGAUUUGAGCUCCUGGGCGUACUUCAGACGAUGCGCACCCGACUAGAGAAAGAUGAAGAAGAUUCGGAGGGGAUGCUUCCUGUCCUAAUGAUUUCAUUUAUGAUACCCUCACAUGCCCGGAUCCUGCAGGCGCAUAUGCAUAAUGGGAAGCUGGUCGUGGCGCACAGUCGCAUUUAUAGCUUCGAAACUAUGCGUGAGGCGCCAAUGGAUUUGUUCACAAGAUGGUUGCUGUCGAGCCCGGUUGGACCGCGGAAGGCCAGUAAUACGGACGAGGAGUAG